UUAAUUCUUAUUUUAACAGAGUCAAAAAGGAGCAUCAUUACUGACUCUCUUGAGAGACCCAUACAUUCUUAUUGCUGCAGGAGCAAUAUGUUUUGCAAAUAUGGCAAUUGCUAUGCUGGAACCAGCCUUACCCAUUUGGAUGAUGGAGACAAUGUGUUCAAGCAAAUGGCAACUGGGCGUUGCUUUCAUUCCAGCCAGUAUCUCUUAUCUGAUUGGAACAAAUCUUUUUGGGAGCCUUGCACACAAAAUGGGAAGGUGGUUUUGUGCCCUAAUUGGGAUGAUAAUAGUGGGAUUAAGCAUUUUGUGUGUACCAUUUGCUAAAAACAUAUAUGGACUUAUAGUACCAAAUUUUGGAGUUGGCUUUGCCAUUGGUAAGGAAAAAAUGGCUAAACAUUUGGUUUAG